UAUCACUGACACCCCCCCUCUUUCCCCCCAGGGAGGAGCGUGAGCGGUGGAUCCGAGCCAAGUACGAGCAGCGGGUGUUCGUGGCGGCGCUGCCCUGCGUCUCAGAUCUGACUCUGGGUCAGCAGCUGCUCAGAGCGGCUGCAGAGGAGGACCUGCCCUCCGUCGUGCUGCUGCUCGCUCACGGGUCCCGAUCGCAGGUCAACGAGACGUGCGGAGACGGAGACGGACGCAACGCGCUGCACCUGGCGUCCAGGAAGGGGAACGUGGUCAUCACGCAGCUGCUGCUCUGGUACGGCGUGGACCUGAAUGCGAGGGACGCUCACGGUAACUCAGCGAUGGCGUACGCACGGCAGGCGAGCAGCCAGGAGUGCGUGGACGUGCUCCUCCAGUACGGAUGUCCUGACGAGCGCUACCCUCUGAUGGCCACGCCCAACCUGCCGCGAAGAAACAACAACCGCAACAACAACACCACCGCGCUCAUAUGACCACUGAGAACAAACUGGGAGAUAUAAAUAUAAUCACGUGACCCUCAUCAUACCUCAUCGUUAAUUUAAGGACGACAUAUCGAAGCGAAGGAGAAGGAAAAGACGCCUUCAACGGUUUUAUUCCACGAGUUCUGUGAAGCCUUUUUAUGUUGUGUGAAGAUAUCUCAAUGUUUAAAAUAAAAUAUCAGAAGAAGAAGAAGUGAUAGAUCGCAUGUGCUACACUCUCUCCUCCUCGUUUAAUUUAAGCCCCGCCCCCCUGGAUUGUGUAUAUUGUAUAUCUCGAUGUUCUGGACCGAUCGUUCAGACGUCAACGUGGGGAGGGGGUUCUGUUUCACAAAGCUAUGGCUCAGGGACCGGAGAUCUUCCACUCCUGUCGUUUCCCCAGCACCCUAACGCCAGGUUUACCUCGUUUUCACACAUUUCAGUCCAACAAACGUACAAGUCUUUCUCGGUAAUGAAACGCCUUUUCUAGGGCUGGACGAUAUAUCUUUCAUUUAAUCUACAACGAUGCAGGUUUUUUGGGCUAUAAUUUAGCAUUUCAUUGGAUUAUUUGGCCGAUGACAGAAACAUCAACCAUGGCCCCACAAUCACCUCUUAUUGCUGUGAGGUGUAAAGACAGUGCAUCUAGGGGUGUGAGGCUCAUGACGUGGAGGAAUGUGUUUUAUCGUUCAGGGUGGGGCUUUUCUCUGUAUUUGUUGGAUUUAUCUGCAUUUUCUGAGCUGUGAGCGUCUUAAACCUGGCUUUGGUUCACAUCCUGGUUGAAUAUUUAUCUCAAACCAUCCCUGAAGUGAUUUUAUUUGUGUUUUAACGUGUAGACAGUGGGAAAAGAAAAGGAAGCGGCUGCACGGGGCGAUAAGGGAACUUUAAUCUGCUUCUUCUUCAGGUGUUUUUAUAUAAUCUGCUGUAAUCUCAGACAAAUCACAAUGACGGGAGGUUUGGUUUCAUCCUUCGGUUUCAUUUAAACACGUAAUUCACAUUUUUAGAGAGGAAAUAGUGACUUAGGUGAUAUAAGUAACAUCUGUACAAAUCUGUCUAUAAAGUUAUGUGAAUGUUUCCCGUCCAAUCAGCAGGCUCCCUGCUCUGCUCAGCGAAUCACAAAGAAGGGCUUCUUCUUCUCUGGUGUGGAAACCUUGUUGUAAAUAGUCUUCCUCCGUCACUUCCUGUCCAUUAGAGACGACAGGAAGUACUUACUGUCGCCUGAACGCAGUGAUUUACUCUGAAGUGUUUGAGAACACCAGCAUGGACUGAAUGUGUGAAACUCCUCCAGGACAGGAAGUUAAACUAAGCAGGUAAACAAAAACCAGUGGCUCCCAGUCUGAGUCAGCAACCAAUCAGAAUUAAGACAAGUUUGAGGUUGAUCUUUGGGUCAAAACCAAGUCUGAAUCAGGUCACAUUUUGGGAGAAGACAGAGUCCAAAUGUGGUCAAUUUGUGACUCAAAACCAAGUCUAAAUUUGGUCAAACUUUUGGGAGAAAACCAAGUCCGAACGCAGUCAAGUUUGACUUAAAACCAAGUUGGUAUUUGGUCACAUCUUGAAUAGAGAAAAAGGGUAAAAAACCAAGCCUACAUUUUGGUCAUUUGUUUUGGAAAGAGUCCACUUUUUUGGGAGAAGAACAAGUCCUGAUGUGGUCAAGUUUUGAGUCGUAACCAAGUCAGAACGUGGACACAUUUUGAGUCUAGAGUGAAUCCCAAUUCGGCCAAAUUUCGAGGAAAGAAUGAGUACAGAUUUGGGUCAAAACCAAGUCUUAAAGUUGGUCAAACUUUUGGGAGAAAACCAAGUCCGAACGCAGUCAAGUUUGACUUAAAACCAAGUUUGUAUUUGGUUACCCUGUGGGAGAAGACAGAGUCUGAACUUGGUCACAUCUGGAGUCAAGACUGAGUCUGGACCAAUGAAACCCAAACAACCGUUAGAUUGGGAACCACUGGUUUAAAGAUCCAAUUGCAAUGAAUGGUUGCAGGUUAAGUUCAGGUGUUGUCCCGUGUUGACAGAGUUGUAAAGACACACCUGGUUUUGUAUAUCUGACUGAGCGUUGACUUCUUUUGGUCGCUGGACGCAGAACAGUCGACUGAACGCUAACCGAUCAGGAUUGUCGGGAUGAAGAGUCCUCGAUGUUUUUGUGAUGAUGAUUUUUAUCCCUUGACUCUUCGCUCUAUUUUACCGUUUGGUCCUCAAAUGUUAGCGUAAAGGUUGAGGAGCGGCUCUCAACCCGACUGUGUAUACAAGCAAUAUCCAUUUUCACGUGAAUCACCGUUACUUCGUACGCCGACAUCGCUGCAAUAUCGCCAUUAAACCACAAACACUCUGUAUAAAUGAAAACGCUAAAACAUGAAUUUCUACACCUGCCUUUACGUUCCUAACUUCGUCCGUUUGUUCGUGCCAUUCAUCGCAAAGAUGGCGUUUAACUUCCCGUAAAUCGUGAUUUUAUUUAAUGUUUUUAUAUCCGACUCGUCCGGCGACAGGAAAAAGACAUCCUUUUAUUUAUGACAGAAAUGCACUAAAUCUGAUUCAGUCCGUUUUUCCACUACAGCUUUCUCUUUCUUGUAUCGUCUUGAAUUUUUCUCUAAGCUCUCGACCAGAAUAUCAAAACUGACGCUAAAGCUAGGAAGCAGCUAGCUAACGGAGAGAAAUGUAUUAUAUCUGCUUUAAACUGCUAGUAAUCACAGAAACUGCUGAGUCAUGAACAAACUAGCUUAGCAAUCUGCCUAUAUAUUGUCAUCGUAGCACAGAGUCAUCUGUUGCUGAAGCUAACUGCUACGUACGAUUGCCCCGAUGGCACAUUAUUAAAAAAAAGCCCCAAAUAUGGCCCAUUUGUCCGCUGACCCAUAGAGCGUAAAUCAUCGUAAAGAUGGCCAUUUAUGUUCAAGCUAACGGGCUAGCGCACACAAACAAACUAUCGGUCAAAUUGGACUAUUGUGGUUUCGGGCCAUCGGUACAAACUUCCGAUAUAUGUUAGCAUAGUGAAGCUAACACUACUUGCCUGUUUUAACGCGCCUUUUUCUCGUCAAAACGAAACGAAACAUCCUGUGAAGCUCCAGUUGCAGCUAGCUAACCGUUAGCUACUCUCGCGGUAUAUUUACUAGCAUGGAUGUUACGAGCUAUUCGCUAGCUGCCUGCAGACAACGCUAAUAUCUCCACCUCACGUGUACAUAGACUUCAAAACUACAAAACCAAUAAACUCGGUAUGGUCAGCGUUUGGUUGUUUUUCCUCGUGUAGCCUUUAAGCCCCGAAAUUAUUUAUAAAUGCCCCCCUCUCCUUUGUUUUUGUAUAUUUUCCUCCGAGUCCAUCCAGGUUUUCGUCGUUUUGUUUUACCAUCCAGACUCUUGUUG